AUGAUGGAUAUUGCCCUUUUUCGAAACUCUACCCAACGACUAGGCCCGAGAGCUUCGUUGGAAGUGCAACUAGCUCUUUUCUCUGAUCUGUCGAUUGCAGCUAAUAGCCUCGGUCACUUGUGGGUGUGUCUGAGUCAAAUUUUGCGUUUUGUCGAUGACACAAAGCUCGGUGGAUCUGAUGUAAGUGAUAGCGCAAAGGCCGUCAACUGCCCACGACACCUGUUCGCUAUCCGCGACGGUGCAAUUCCGGCAAAACUCCCCAGAUGUGUAGCCAUUACCUUUGGCGCAGUUCUGCAUAAGCACACAAGUCUUCGGCUGCCGAUCGAUGUUGCUUUUGUGGGUCGCAUUAAUUUACAGCACCUAUCAAUGCUGUCGCCGCGACCUCAAGCACAUGGCCCCCCUCCCUCUCAGCGUUCCCGCCGCUUCUGCGAACACGCACGAUCAGUCAUCCUCGUCGCGCACGCCUCUGCCACUUACCGCACAUCUCAUCAUUCGGACGCUUGUGCACUUACUAGUUCGUCCGAACUCUAUUGA